AUGGACGAAGAUCCAAUUUCCGGAAUGUCCCAAGAGGAAAUCGAUGAGUACAAAGAGGCCUUUGGAAUGUUCGAUAUCAAUGGAGAUGGAACCAUUGAAAUGACAGAACUAAAGCAAGUCAUGUUGCAGUUGGGCCAGAAUCCCGCCGAAGAAGAUUUGAUUGAAAUGAUGCGACUGGUCGAUGUCAAUGGUGACAAUGAAAUUGAUUUUCAAGAGUUCUUGGUCAUGAUGACCAUGCGUUCGGGGGAACGUGAUACGGAGGCAGAAUUGCGAGAGGCAUUCAAGCUAUUUGAUCUCGAUGGGAGUGGUACCAUUAGUCGUGAAGAGCUCAAGACCUUGAUGAAAAACCUGGGACAGGCCCUCACCGAUGACGAGAUCGAUGCCAUGAUUGACGAAGUCGACAUAAACCUGGAUGGAGAAAUUAGCUUUGAUGAGUUCCAAGCGCUCAUGGUAGGUUAA